AUGUGCAAUACAACGGACCAAAACGGAAGUGAAAUGCACGUGGAAAUAGAAGUUCCAGACACGGGAGCGGUGUUCACUUUGGGUAAAUCGUACCUCUACGAUGACACCAUCAAGGAACAAACGACACCCGUGCCGAACGUAAGCAGAACCCCAGAACCGCCCGGAAAUGAUGGUGCACGACGAAAGCUUCCGACGCGCCAGCAGAGCUACUUCUUCGUCAAGAAUGAUCCGAUCGUGAAAAUUGUGUGCGGCCACAAACAGAGUGGCGUCGUUUGCGAAUCUGGACGACUGUUUGUAUGGGGAUACAGCCAGCAUGGGCAGCUUGGACUGGGAAACACGGACACCAUCCAUAAACCUUCCUGCGUGCGUUCGCUCAAGCGAUCGAGAGAAAGAGUGCAAUCAUUUUGCUUCGGAGGAAAUGGCUUCUGCGUGAUCCUUACAGAGACGGGAAAAGUUUUCUACACUGGAAAAAGUAUUUUCCCGUUCAACGCGAAGGUGACCUCAUUGCUGGAGGCAACAACGUUGCAUAAAAAUCCCACCGACAACAGCGAGUUCACACCGUUCCCAGUGGAGCUACGUGAAUUCAACGAUUGUCUUCAAGAAGAGGGCGAACGUUUCACGGAAGCCGUCGCUGGUUUCAACCACUUUAUCCUGCUCAGUUCCAGCGGCGUUUGUUAUGGCUGGGGAUACAACAGCCACCAGCAGCUCGGUGGAGUGGAUUCGCUGAAGAUACUCUCCCGGCCGGAUCGAAUCGCCAUCGAGGGAACCGUAGAGCGGGUGCUUUGUGGCAACUAUUGUUCGCUCUUCGUGACCACAACGAACGAGCUGUUUCUGGUGGGGAAAUUUCAAAAGAUAACCAUUCCCGUGCUCAAGCCACUGUCGAAUGUGAUGCUCCCGGCGAAGGUGAAAGCGGGCGAGAUUACUGGCUGGGACUGCAUCUACUUGCUGCUCGAAAACCAUCAAGUGUUUCGUUCCACGCGAGUUCCGAAGGUAGACGACUUGCGGUUCGAGCCGUUUGAAAACCUUGCCGGUUUGUUGGGUGAGGAUGAAUAUGUCACCAAAAUGGCAUCGGCAAAUGAUUGCAUUUCUUUCGUCACCAGUCGGGGUCGACUGCUGACGACGUACGACGAUGACUGUCCGUUCACGGCGUCGGAACACUUCAAGGAGUUGAGUAAAUUUAAAAACUUCAACGUUACCGACAUCGCCAGCGGCACCGAACAUUCCCUCGUGUUGGCUUUCCCCGCAGCGGAACGGUUGGACGUAACGCGUGCACUGGAGCUGCUUCGCAAUGGCACUCCGAUUCCUACCGACCUGCAAGCCGACGCUCAGAUGGCACAGGAGUUCUUGCGCAACGAAAAACGACGCCUUCGCCGGGAGCACGUCGAACGGGAGAUCUCCAAGGACGAAUCGAUCACAAUCGAAACAGGAGCAGAUUCAGAGGUGCGCUUUAUCAACGACGGCAUGGAUAUAACGAGAAGCCGCACGCCAAACGGGAAGCACAAGAGUCGCCAUCACCUAAAACCGUCCGAAGAAGAUGAAACGGAUCGCUUCUCGGCGCACAACGAAAUUAUCCCCAGGAAAACGCACACGCCCAACAUCAGUCAGCUGAUCGACUACAGUGACGAUGAUAACGAUAGCAUUUCGUCCCAGUCCACCUUCAACGACGAAGAGGAAGCGGCAGAGAAAGCGGAAGAGGCCUACAACAAACAGAAUAAAAAUGGCAUGAAAAACGACAGCAACAACAAUAACCACAGCGACGACACCCGGAAGCACAGCCUCGGGAGUAAACUUAACGGUAGCCUUGGGAGCACGAAGUCCAGCGACAGGAUGAGAAAAUUCUUCAAGGAGCUGAAGUCGAAAAGUAUGGAUGUUUCCUGCAAGAAUCCGGGGGUCGUUCUGGACGACGACGUCAAAUACUCCAAAAACGAUCAGAUGAUCCAGGCGGAGGACCGAGCCUCCAAAGUAUGCACAAUAAUGUAGUUUCACUUGCUCUAGGUUUUGAAUACUGUAAACAUGAAAUAAAUCAC